AUGCCUAGAACAAGCCAUGCAUAUGGACAUGAACAUUGUACCUUCAAAGUCCUCAAAAUCAAGGCAUCUCGUUUUCAUAACAACGAGAUUUUCUCCCAGCCGGCGCUGCUUGUAAUUGCCGCCUAUGGAUUCUCCUUUUGGCCCGGCCAGUGCCGGCGAAUGUCAAGAAUUCUGGAUAGAGAUCUCCGGGACAUGAUUGGAGAAAUAAGAGUAUCGUACGGUAAACUCCCUCAAGAGAUGGCGAGGGUUGAAAGGGGAGGGCUCGUACAAUGCCGAUUUCAUCUCUGGGAUCGGGAAGCCUGGCAAUCAUCGGCUCAUCCCCGUGCUCGCUCCUCCUCAACGAAUUCACAAGCUAGGGUUUGA